UCUGUUCUGUAUCAUUUACCGGCUGCAUUUCUCCGGGUAACAGCAGCAUUGACUGGCUUCACGGAAACACCACCCAUCUCAAUUUGAAGUCCUGUUUCCGUUCAUCUUUGUAUUUGGACCAUUUGGACGCGCUUCCUCAUUCAGCAGCAGCCCAAGCUCAGUAACGUUAGCCGGAACCGUGGGGUUUAUAGAGCAAUGAUCUCACCGGAGCUUAAUUUUAAUUUAUUUUCGAGUGACCUUUCACUUUACCUUAAAAACCAAGUUAAAGUCGAGCUAUUCGGCUCUGGGGUUGGACUAUCAUUAGUGCUCGGAUUCAGCGCCGCCUAUGCCUGCUACUACCUGAUCUCUGUGGCCAAGAAACCCAUACUGAUAGCUGGAGGGAAAAAGUUCCAUCAGUUCCUGAAAGACCAAUGUCCCGUAGUCUUGGAGACGUACUACCCAACAUUUUGGUGCUGGGAGAGUCGACUUCAAACGCUGCUCAGACCCUUCGUGACUGCGAAACCCUGGGUCAGCUACAGAAAUGAGCUCAUUAGAGCACCAGAUGGAGGCCAGAUCUCUCUGGAUUGGUUUGACAAUGAUGACAGCACAUCCCACCCGGACCAGUCCACGCGACCCACUGUGCUGCUGCUCCCGGGACUGACGGGCACAAGCCGCGAAUCCUACAUUCUACAUAUGGUACAGCAGAGCCGAGAUAUGGGAUACAGAUGUGUGGUGUUCAAUAACAGAGGUGUAUCAGGUGAAAAGUUAUUGACGCCUAGGACUUAUUGUGCAGCCAACACAGAGGAUCUGGAGAUGGUCAUUGAGCAUGUCCAGCGGACCAUUGACAAAGCUCCGCUCAUGGCGGCUGGGGUUUCUAUGGGGGGGAUGAUGCUGGCGAACUACGUGGGUCGGAAAGGCCCUGAGGUGCGUCUGAAGGGUGUGGUGGUGUUUUCGGCAGGCUGGGAUGUGUUCGAGUGCACGGCUUCACUGGAGAAGCCCCUGGACCGCUUGCUCUUCAACUACUACCUUACCAGCUGCCUGCAGGCAGCCGUGGACCGUCACAGAACCAUUCUUGAAAAGAAAUAUGAUAUAGACCAUGUGAUGAAGGCUAAAACAAUCCGAGAGUUCGACGAACGUUUCACAUCCAUCAUGUUCGGUUAUCCAUCCAAUGAAGACUACUAUCGAGACGCUAGUCCCAUUCACAACAUCAAGUCUGUGCAGGUGCCUAUGCUGUGCCUCAACGCAGCUGACGACGUCUUUUCCCCCAAUCACGCCAUUCCAGUAGAUGCCGUGAAGCAGAACCCCAAUGUGGCCCUCCUUAUCACAUGUCACGGCGGCCAUAUUGGCUUCCUUGAGGGUCUGUGGCCACGGCAGAGCACUUACAUGGACCGAGUUUUUCAGCAGUUCACCAAGGCCGUGUUUGAGAACGGCAGCGGUCUAAAUGAUCUCCACUGACCCUCCCUUUCCAUUACAUCAGUUUAUAGCCAUUAGCAAAAAAAAAAAAAAAGAAAAACUAGUAUACAUUUUCAAAGUGAAGGGCACAGGUUCACUUGAAGGCCAGGGUUGUUUUUUCCAUCUGUUCAUUUAUGUAUUCCAUUAUUCUUGUAGUUUUACGCACAUCUCUUUUAUUUGCACUCACAGAACAGACCUUGCACAUGUUCCAUCCGUUUCAUCCGUCCAUCCAUUGGUGAACUUAUUUGUUUCUAAAUUGCAUUCAUACUGUAUGUGACUUGCAUGCCUGUGUAUGACUCUUAAUUAUGUAUUUUUAAAUCUCUGAAUCACUCAUUAGGUGAUAUUACUCGGCAUUAUUCCACACGAGGGUGAGAGUGUCCAAAAAACAUGAUCAAAAGCCUAAUGGAAAUUACUGGGACAAUGUCACAGAAAUGUCCACGUCACAUGUCACCGCUAAAUCAGAAUAAAAAAUAAAAAUGAAAAAAAAUUAGAAUAUAUUAUGUUUGCAUAAAUACAUUUUGAAGCCCGAUUUAAUAAGAAUAUUUACUAACACACAAACACACAUUUUCAUGCAAAAUAAAUCCCAUUCUCAUUACCGUAAUCCAGUAAUAAAAAGGAAAUAAUUUUUGAAAUAAUUUAAUUUAAUAAAUUAAUUUAAUUUUUGAACAUAAUGUCUUAUAAAAUCACAAUGAAUUACCUUAAACUUAGAAUAUUACUUUGCAAAUUCACAUUACAAUUUAAAUGUAAUAUAAUUUUUUGCUUUUACAAAAAAGAUCUUUGUCACAUUAAUGUAGCAUUAGGAGUUUGUAAGAUUAUGAUAGAAAUGCCACUGCAGAAUUAAACAGAAAUUGUAUUUAUUUUAUAAGCAUGAAUUGCUUGCUUAGAAGUCAUUUUUAGAUUUAAAAAUAUAUAUAUAUAAUAAUCUUUAAAAUGUCAAAAGUGUUUAUUUAUUUAUUUUUGAUUGAAAGAUUAGCAUUGCCUGAUCUCUGGGUACUUCAAGAUGUAGAAAUAUUUGAAAUAUUUUAGGCCGUUUUGGUUUUAAGACUGAAUGCCACAGAGAAUGAAUUUGCCUAAUUGCCAUAUUGAAAUUAAUCCAAACAAGGUCAUGUUCUUUAUGCAAAAUUCCCACAGUUUUGAUGAGAAACUGCACUACUGUAGAAAUGGUUGUAGCCAUGAAUGUUGGAGGGCAUUAUUUUAUCCUAAGUAUAAGAUUUUAUUUUUUUUCCAAUUCAAAAUCUAGGACCUAAGUGAAGAAAACAGUACUCCUUCUUAUGUAAACAUGAAGGUUUAAUUCAUUGAUUACCAUAAGUCAACGCCUUAUCAGUUCAGUCCUUCCCAAGUGUUAAGGUAAGAAGAUUUAGCUAUUAUUGUCUUUAUAGUAUCAAUAAAUUGUGUGUAAGGCGAGUUGAAGUAGAGACUUGUCUACAUGUAUUUAUAGAGGGCAUUUUUCCAAUUAAAUAGCUUUGUAGCCCUCAGGGACAACCCCCACUUCUGAUAUUUUUCCUGUUUCCUGUUAGUUUGUGUUUUUUAAGGCAAGGAAAGAUUGUAUCAUAUCAAAGUUUUUAUUUUUCACAAGAAUGUAUCGCAUGCACUUUUUUUGUCAUUCAUUACUGUUUUAUUUGGCACUGACUAGCUCAACAUUGUAAAUUAAUCAUAUUUUUUUACUAGGAAUGUACAAAUAGCACUGUUUAUAGUUGAAGGCACCAACCUGUGCCCUAUAAUAAGUUAAAGUGUGUUUUCUUGGACCAGAAAGACUUGGCUUCAAGGAUUAUGUGAAAGUGAAAAUGACUUAAACUACUGUUUGUCUAAACUAAAAUAUGCUUGCUUGGACUUUACUACAGGCUCAAAUGGCUCUUUAUAUGAUGGUGUAUUGAAAUCAUACCAAUAGCUCCUUCAAUUAUAUAAAAAAUGAAAGAGAAAAAAAAACAGGAGCAGUUAUUAUUUGUGUGAAUAUGACAGGAAUACUUCGACCCAGGAUGGAUGUGAUAUUUUUGUUGAGGAAGCUCUUUAUAAACGGUGGCCGAAUAUAAUUGUAAAUGAGGAUUUUGAAUGAGGAAUGUUACUAGACGUUAGUUAUGAAAACCUCAAACCAUGUGUUGUACAUUGACCUUUGUCUGUUUUUAUGACGGUGCUGCUUCAUAUUGCGCAUCUAUCUGUCAGUGCUUUGGAGCCGCGACUGCUCCUGCGGACUGUAAAAAUGCUUUCCGUCCAUCCUGUUACUAAAUAGCAUGUGUCACUGUU